AAGUCGUUUCACGGAGGCUGGUAUAUGUGCUUUUACGUGGAUAACAAAAUGGAAAAGGAUCUUCUACAAGUUUAUUAUCACACGUUUAUAACACAUAGAAGGUCAAAUCAAACAUUUUGUGCAUCAUAGUCGCUUGAGGAGUACAAAUCAAUCAGUUCGAUUCUUCAAAAUGACGAGAUUCUUUUGGAAAAUUAUUUGCUUCCUGUGUUUUUUUCAUCGAGCAAGUUUGCAAAUGAUUUCAAAAUGUGGAAUUCCAAAAUGCAGAUAUAACCUUAGAACAAAAUCUGAAUAUCCUUAUUUCCAAAAUGGAGUCCCAAUGAAAGCUAUAACAACGGGUCUUGGUAUCCAUUGGUCUAAUAAAGACGAUCAGUACAAUUAUAGAAAGUGCUACAUCGAUACGGCCAGUGUGCUGGAUAAAUUUCAGUUUGAUGAAAAUCCACUCUAUGCUGUUCUUAUUCUAAGGUGUAACAGAGAGGUUGAAGUGUUUUUUACUGCGGAUGACAGACCUUACUUACCAAAUGUAAUCGGAUAUAUACAAAUAAGUUCAUGCCUUAUCACUCAGGAACAACUGCGUCCCUUCGGAGACAGAUUUCGAAUGCAUUUUGUUAAUAUGCUAUUUAACUACCCUCCGCUGCAACCUGAAUAUUGUAAAGGAAACCCCUUAAAUCAAAGUUACUGUGGGAUAUGGAACUCGAUUGAUGGUUUCAUAUGGGAACCACGGUUGUCGAGAGAAGAAGGCUCUGUAGCACCAUUUAUUGAUAUAUUUAAUUGUGAUGUUACAUUUCCCUCCAUGAGAGAAAUACAGCUAACGAAGGUUCCUAUGAAACAAUAUUUACCAACAUUACCUAGUCUGUUCCCAAGAUUACAAAUGCUUAAUAUUAUUAACUCAGAUUUGACAGAACCUCCAGACUUCCCAUGGAACGAUGAAUGGUUGUCAAUUAGUUACAAUUUGUCAAGGACGAAUUCUCAUCAUUAUCAGUUUGCUGAACAGUACAACAUAGAUAUGCCAAAAAAUUAUUUUAGGAAAUCAAUGCAACUGAGUAAGAAUAAUAUUUCUGACCUCAUGACACAUAAUUUCAAAGGUUUUUUGAUAUCACUUGAUUUAUCAGAGAAUGGACUCAAAGCAUUUGGGGAAUUUACAUUCCGAAACAUUCGAGGACUUCAGCAUCUCGAUUUGAGCAGAAAUAAUUUGCUAUCCAUCCCAAGGAAUGCUUUUAAGAAUCUGACAGAGUUGCGCCAUCUGGAUGCAAAAGAUAAUAUGAUAACUCACCUUUCAAGUACCUUGUUAUCGGAUAAUAAAGCUUUGCGGUAUAUAGAUUUUUCGAAAAACAGGAUAAAAAGAAUUGAAUCGAACACAUUUUCCCAUUUACAAUAUCUUAGAGAACUUCAUUUAGAAUACAAUGAAAUUACAACUUUACACGAACAAUGUUUUCCAAGUCAGUCACUUGAAUUUAAGAAACUUUUUCUCGACAGCAACAGUUUUUCUGAAGUCCCAACAGCUGUAUUUUAUUUAAAUUCUUUGGAUAAAAUUAGCAUGACAAACUCAAGCAUAAGAUUUACAAACUUCACUCGAACACUGUUAGACCUUAAAUGGCUGAGAACACAACAGGAUGGUAAAGAAAUAGGCUCUCAAGAUAAUACAAACUCUGACAAGACCCAGCAAGUUGAUAUUCAUAAAGCAGUUUUAGACCUCACUAAUAACAAAAUUGACAACCUCUAUCUACCUUCCUAUGAUUUAAACGAUGUAAAUGAGAAAGAAACACAGCUUCUUCACAAUAUUCUCCUGCUGAUCUUCCAAAAGUUUCACUUUCUGCUGGAUAAUAAUCCACUCCGUUGUGAUUGUGGUAUAAACCAAAUAACCAAAGUUGUGAAAUAUUUCUUACAGGAGAAACUGAUUGGACCGGAUACAUAUUUCAACACGUGGAAAUGUUUCUGGCCAACUGAAUUUCAAAAUCGUCCACUUUUAGAAAUAAAAGAGAAAGACACAUAUUGUGAGAAAAACAUGUCCUUCUGCCCGGCAAAUUGUACUUGCUUCGAAAGAUCGAUAAGCAAAAUAAAUAUUAUAGAUUGCCGGGAUCAUGGAUACCGUGAAUUACCGAAAUAUUUACCAUCUGGUAUUUUAGAUCUUUGGUUUGAUAAAAACAAUAUAACCACAUUAAAUGAUAAGGAAUAUAUGGACCGAAUUAGAGCACUAAAGCUAUCCCGUAACAACAUUGCACGCAUUGAAGCUGGUGUCUUCAGACAAAUGAAAAACAUUCAAGAACUCUAUUUAAAUUCUAACUUUCUUGUUUCUUUACCAGCUGAGAUUCAGAUUUAUUUCUCAGGAUCUAUUUACCUCGAAGAUAAUCCUUUCAAAUGUGAUUGUCAUACGGCCUGGUUAAAACACUGGAUGAACCAGCAUUCAAACAUCGUUGUAGACUCCCAAAAAGUAACAUGUAAUGUUGACGAAGAAAAUAGGGAAGGACAGAAAUUGAUUUUUGUACCAGACACUGACUUUAUCUGUUUGGAGGACUUUGAUACCCACAAUAAAGUCCUAAUUCCUACAGUCGUCUGCUCCGUUCUGCUUGUACUUCUGAUAGUAAUUGUGUCUGUUGUAUACAUCUAUAGACUGGAGGUUAAAGUACUGCUGUACGUAUAUCUUGGAUUCCAUCCUUUCGAUCAAGACAAAGAUUGUAAAGAAGUUAUUGACGUGUUGGUCGUACAUUCUCCCAAUAUAACGGACUGGGUCACGGAAAAUAUUGUUGAGCAUUUAGAGUUCUGUAACUCACGUUAUUUGGUUUGUGAAAUGAUGAGAGAUUUCGUUGCUGGGUUUUCAUAUCAAGAAAACGUUGCAACAUUAGUCAAACAUAGUAAAAGAAUCGUAAUAGUGCUUUCAAAAGAUUUUUUGAAUGAAGACAUACUAAAGAUUGCAUGGAAUGAAUCUCAGGAAAAGAUAAAAGCUCAUAAAGCCAAUUAUGCUAUCGUUGUUUCACAUGAUGCAAAUAUUAAAGAAAUCCAAAUCAAGGAAUUGAAGCAAUAUAUAAAAGGCGGACGACACAUUGAUGCUUCACAAAGCCUCUUUCAGGAAAAACUCUUGUACUGUAUGCCACAACUAAAACAUGAUGAAAAUAGGGUAAAAAGCUUGCCUGAUUUAAAAUAUCUCAUUCAACAUAUGUACGGAAGUGAUUUUAACAAUGCCGAAAUGUAUGAACGUCAUGCAUUCGUUUCUUACGGUGAAAGUAAAAUGGGUUAUGUUAUGAACGAAUUGAGACCUAUAUUGGAAGACAAUGGGUUUACACUGUGCCUCCCUGAUAGAGAUUUUAUCCCAGGGGCACCGAAGGAAGAAAACGUACUAAAAGCCAUCGACAACUGCCUCCAUACAAUAUUUCUUCUGUCUGGAGAACAGUUAGACAAUGAGUGGUCAAUAUUUACGUUCCGGUCUGCGAGUGAAAAGUCAAUGCGAGAGAAAUGCAACCAUUUGAUAGUUGUUCUCGGGGAGGACGUUAACCUGGAGACCAUGUGUGAAGAGGUCAGAGUGUAUGUAAAAACUCAUGUUUCUUUACAUGUGAAGGAAAAGGGGUUUGUGAAACGGUUACUUAAUGCUCUACCAGAUAUCGAGGAUCACGAACUUUAUAUCAGAAAUGAUGAAAAUAAUUUUGUCAAUUUUGAGAACCUACAUAAUGGAGUUAAAAACUGGCAGAAUGACAAUGCUCCUGAAGUCAUUGAAGAGAAAAAGAAUGGGUUCGUGAAUGAUGGGAAACAAAAUGGCAUACAUCAUCUAUCUGGUAUUCACAUGAAUGGGCUCCAUCGGUAUGACAACAAAGCAUUCCAAGGACACGGGUCUGAUGAAAAUGUCAUUUGUUACAGUGACAAACCUAAACAUCACCAAGUAUUCAUAGAAAAAAAGCAUCUUAACAUCGCCAGAAUGAAGUCAGAUUUCUUUAAAUUUCUUUGGAUAUUAAGUUUUCUUUCCUUGGGAAAUUUGCAAGAUCUCUCAGAUUGUGAAGUCCCAAAAUGCAAAAAUCGUACAAGAACAAUGUCAGCAACACCUUUAAUGGACCAGCACACUGUUCCCAUGGAAACAAAGAUCACAGGCACCAGGUUAUAUUUGGGUGCGAACGACAACUACACAAGGUGCAUGGUAGAUACUCCAAGCCUUCUGGAUGCUUUUGGUUUCGAUGGCAAUUCCGUCUACGCUGUUCUUGUAAUAAACUGUAUAAAGGAAAUGGAAGUGUAUUUCUCCGAGGAUGACAGACCUUUCCUACCGAAUGUUAUGGCAUAUUUCCAAAUCUCCUUAUGCCGAAUAUCACAGCAGCAGCUCCGGCCUUUCAGGAACCGAUUUAAAAUAUAUAUGAUAAAUUUAAUGGCCAACUACCCUCCACUUGAUUUCAGAUACUGCGAUGGAAACACUGUGAAUCUUAGUUACUGUGGGGUCUGGAAUACACUUGAAGGAUUUUUUUGGGAACCAAAGAUUGCAACACUGAGAGAUUCUGUAUCAACAGUUCAAGAUUUAUUGUUUUGUAAUUCAACCUUUCCAUCUUACAAAGAAAUUCAAGUCACAAAAGUUCCAAUGCAACAAUAUUUAUCAUCAUUGUCGAGUAUGUUUCCAAGACUGCAGGUUCUAAAUAUAAUUAACUCAGACUUGACUGAGCCUCCUAAUUUUCCCUGGAGCGACACCUGGCUUACAUUAAGUAUAAACAUGACGAGAAAAGAUCAAGCACAAAGCGACUAUGCUGGAAAAUUCAACAUUCAGUUGCCAAAUAACUAUCAUAUGAAAUCUAUGUCUCUGAGUAAAAAUAAAAUUUCAAACCUCCGCAAUUAUACUUUCAAAGGAUUUCUGCAUUUACUAGAUUUAUCGGAGAAUGGAUUAGAAGAAAUAAGUGAAUUUACGUUUAGAAAUCUUCGAGGUUUUCAACAUCUUGAUAUAAGUGAAAAUAAAUUGCAAAUUAUUCCAAAGGAUACUUUUAAAGGUCUUACUGAAUUACGUCAUCUUGAUAUGAGAGACAACAGGAUUUCCUAUCUAUCAAAUGAUCUAUUUUCUGAUAGCACAAAGAUGGUCUACCUAGACUUUUCAAAAAACAAUAUUAAUACAAUCGAAAUAAACACGUUUUCUCAAUUACAUUUGCUUAGAGAACUCCAUCUUGAGAACAAUUACAUUUCUGCUUUACAUCCACAAUAUUUUCCAAGUCAGUCACCACAAUUCAAAAAUCUUUUUCUAGAUGGAAAUAAUUUUGUCGAUUUUCCGACAGCAAUAUUCGAUCUGCGAUUGCUGGAGAAAAUUAGCUUGAGGAAUUCAAACAUAAGAUUUCAAAACUUUAGCCGAACCAUAUUAAACUUAAAAUUGGCGUCAGCACUGAAAGAUGAAAACGGCCCGGAACAUGAAGGAUCCUCGAAGAAUUUCAAUACUGAUGCUAAACAACAAAUUGAUAUAGGUCACCAAGUCAUUUUAGACUUAACUGGAAAUAAAAUUGAAAAUCUUCAAUUACCGAGAUACGACAUCACAAGUGUCCAAAACAAAGAAACAGAGCAGUUACACGAAAAUCUCUUGACGAUUUUGAAAACAUUUUGGAUUUUGCUGGAGAAGAACCCCCUUCGUUGUGAUUGCGGAAUAAACCAAAUAGCCAAAGUAGUUAAUCAUUUCUUAAAAGAUGAAUUGAUCGGAGAUGAUACAUAUUUCAGUACUUGGAAAUGUUUCUGGCCAACUGAAUUUGAAAAUCGCCCUCUUUUAGAAGUAAAGGAAGGGGACACGUAUUGUGAGAAGAAUAUGCCAUUGUGUCCGGCUAAUUGUACAUGUUAUGAACGGUCAGUAUCGAAAAUCAAUAUUAUCGAUUGCCGGGAUCGGAGUUAUCGUUCUUUACCCGAAAAAUUGCCCUCUGGAAUCUUAGAUCUUUGGUUUGAUAAAAACAAUAUCACUCACUUAGAUAGAAGGGAAUACUUGAACAGGGUUAGAACAUUCAACCUCUCUAGCAAUAAUAUUGCUAAGAUAGACGUUGGUAUAUUCCAACAAAUGAAAAAUGUUCAAGAACUCGUUUUGAAUUCCAACUUUCUUGUUUCUUUGCCUGUCGAAACUCAGGAAUAUUUUUUUGGAUCUCUUUAUCUAGAAGAUAAUCCAUUCAAAUGCGAUUGUAACACAAAGUGGUUAAAACAAUGGAUGACAAAACAUAGAGAUAUCGUGGUCGACGCCCAGAGAGUAACAUGCAAUGUUGACGAAGAAAAUGGGGAAGGACAACAAUUCAUUUUUGUACCAGACAGUGAAUUUGUUUGUUUAGAGGACUUUGAUUCACACAAUAAAGUCCUAAUUCCUACAGUCGUGAGCUCUCUUCUGCUUGUACUCCUGAUAGUAAUUGUGUCCGUUAUAUACGUUUAUAGACUGGAAGUUAAAGUUCUACUUUACGUAUAUCUUGGAAUCCAUCCUUUCGAUCAAGAUAAAGAUUGUAAAGAAGUCAUUGACGUGUUAGUCGUACAUUCUCCUUAUAUAACCGACUGGGUUAUGGAGAAUAUUGUUGAGUAUCUAGACUUUUGCAAUUCACAUUUUUUAGUUUGUGAAAUGAUGAGAGAUUUUGUUGCAGGAUUUUCAUAUCAGGAAAAUAUUGCCACUUUGGUGAAACACAGUAAAAGAAUAAUCAUUGUGCUUUCGAAAGAAAUAAUGAAUGACGAUAUUCUAAAAAUUGCGUGGAACGAGACCAAGGAAAAGAUUAAAGCACAGAAGACCAAUUAUGCUAUUGUUGUUUCACAUGAUGUAAAUCUCAAAGAAAUCCAGAUCAAAGAGUUAAAGCAAUAUAUUAAAGGAGGACGACACAUUGAUGCCUCACAGAGCCUCUUUCAGGAAAGACUACAGUAUUGUAUGCCACAGCUAAAACAUGAUGAAGAUAGGCUCCGAAGUUUACCAGAUUUAAAAUACCUCAUUCAGCACAUGUAUGGAAGUGAUCUUAACAAUGCCGAAAUGUACGAACGUCAUGCAUUCGUGUCAUACGGUGAGAGUAAAAUGGGUUAUGUUAUGAACGAAUUGAGACCUAUAUUAGAGGACAAUGGAUUUACUCUGUGCAUUCCUGACAGAGAUUUUAUCCCAGGGGCACCGAAGGAAGAAAACGUACUCAAAGCCAUUGACAACUGUCUCCAUACAAUAUUUCUUCUGUCUGGAGAACAGUUAGACAAUGAGUGGUCAAUAUUUACGUUCCGGUCUGCGAGUGAAAAGUCAAUGCGAGAGAAAUGCAACCAUUUGAUAGUAGUUCUCGGGGAUGACGUUAAUUUGGAUACCAUGUGUGAAGAAGUUAAAACCUAUGUUAAUACUCACGUUUCCCUUAGGGUAAACGAAAAAGGGUUUAUAAAACGGUUACUCAACGCUUUACCCGACGUAGAGGAUCACGAACUUUACAUCCGUAAUGACGAAAAUAAUUUCGUUAAUUUUGAAAAUCUGCAUAAGAAGAUGGGAGAGAAUUUAGCAGAAACUUUUCCCGAUAUUCUAGAACUUGAAGGGAAAAAUAAUGAGCAUUUGAAAACAGAAAAUGGAAAACAAAAUGGUUUUGUUCAUUUAUCUGAUAUUCAUCUGAAUGGUUCUCUCCAUUGUUAUAACAACAAAGCUUUCCAAAGUGAUAAGACGGCUGUUACAGGUGUAAAUGAAAAGGACAAUUAAGGUUGUAAAUACGUUCAGGGAAAUGUUAUAUAACUGUAUUUAAUCCUUUUUAUUUGAUCUUUUUUUAAAAAGAAUCUUUGGUGUGUUAUAUUUAUUAGAGGGAAAGGAAAAUUAUAACAUUAAUUUAGUAUAACAUUAAUGGUAGCUGAACGUUGAUAAUUUGAUGUAGUAAAUGUGGUAAAUACACCAAAAAUCUUUUCUAUCUGGGAAUUGUCUACUAGACAGGCAACAAGACAAGAAAAAAGUAUCUGUAAAUCGUUUAAUAACAAGAUGGUUGUCUGUAAAAAUC